AGGCGGCAGCUAAUGUUUGUUAUCUACCGCUUAAAAUGUUUUCCUUGUCUGCGAGCAAAAUGUUUACCCGCGAGAAAAGAAUUCUGCAGAACAUAAAGGUGGUCCAUUUGAUAUGUCUGUUCAGCCUGGUUACCCACACUUGCCACUCCUCGGCCGCGUCAAGCAGUUCCCUGUACGGCUACGGUAACUACACACAGGCACGCGCUGGAGGAAACUGUCUGGCAUGCGCCACCUGUGCGCCGCCCUGUGCGGCUGCCACACCAGCGGCGGCCACGCCCACCUGCAGCAACAAUCCCUGUUACUUCCGCUCCCUGCCCUUUGCCUGCUCCGCGGAGCAGUGCGCCGAUUAUGUCAGCCAAUCGGGCGAGAACGGGAAGGCGCUGAUUGUCAACCUGCCUGCGGAGUUGUGCGUGACCACGUGCCAGUUGGAGGCGUGGAGUAGCGAGGGGACACCGUUGUACCGUUUCGGUGCCUGCUCGCGCUACGACGAUCUGGCGGUGCAGAUCCGCGACUCGAUCAGCGCCGGUGUGGAGGACGCCGUCUACCCGACGCUAACCUGCGCGAACGACCCGUGUUUCGUGGCCUACGUCGACACCAUCCUGUAUACCGCUGCAGCUAUGGUCCCGCCGAUUGAGUACAACCAGGACACCGUGCUGCAGUGUACGUUGACCCUCAAGGACAAACAGCGCAACGACGUGCUGCUGGCCACGACGCAGUUUCGGAUGAACAUCCAGUAUGUUGAUCCUGCCGAUUGUGGUUAUUACGAAGAAGAAGGCACAUGGAAGUAAUCCGGAGAAAACGGCGGGAUGUUCUCUAGUGACCGUAUAAUUUUUCUAGUUUAUUUAUCUGACGUAGAAGUUGAUCAAGGCAUUGGGUUUGUCUGCGACAUGGCAUGAACGAUGCCCGUUCUGUACCGGCUACUCAAGUUAACUCAACUAUGCUG